AUGGCUUCAAUUGCCUGCUCUUUGCGCGCCGUCGCCCGGCCCGCGGUUAUGCGCUUUGCUCCCCGCGCUGCUGUCCGCACCUUUACGACUUCUCGCAUGGCCCUCGCCAAGAAGUACACCAAGGACCACGAAUGGGUCGACCUCUCCGCCGACCGCAAAUCCGCCACCAUUGGCAUCUCCCAGUACGCCUCCGACCAGCUCGGCGACGUUGUCUACGUCGAGCUCCCGGAGACCACGGGCGACUUUGUCGAGGCCGGUGACGCCAUUGGCGCCGUCGAGUCCGUCAAGUCGGCCAGCGACAUCAACGCCCCCAUCAAGUGCAAGGUCGUCCAGGGCAAUGUGCUGCUGGAGGAGAAGCCCUCCACCAUCAACCAGGUCCCCGAGGACGAUAGCAAUGGCGGCGGCUGGAUCGUCAAGGUCGAGGUCGACGAGCAGGGUGCCAAGGAGUUUGAUGAGCUGAUGGAUGCCGAGGCCUACAAGACUUUCACGUCGGAGUAA